AUGAGGAUCGCCGGGCGAUUGCAAGAACUCGCUUGGACCGACGCGGCUGAGGUGUUCGGUCGCCGGAAGGAUGUUUUCCGGGUGCUGAGAACUCCCUUUAUUUUCCCAAGGACCUCGUGGUUCUGGCGCUCUGCCUGUUGCUGCCUUUCGGUCGAGCCACCGACGUCAAUUACUGCGAUAAGAAGACGGUACGCUGUUAAGGUCUCUGGAGUGGAGAUAUCGCCCUCUCCGGUGGCGAGAGGCCAGCCGGCCACCUUCAGUAUUGCCGCGACCACUGACGAAGCAAUCAGCGGAGGGAAAUUGGUGAUUGAUGUCGCAUACUUUGGAUGGCACAUUCACAGUGAGACCCAUGACCUUUGUGCAGAGACAUCUUGCCCUGUAACGGGGGGAGAUUUUGUUGUGGCUCAUUCACAAGUUUUGCCUGGAUUUACUCCCCCUGGUUCUUAUUCCCUCACGAUGAAGAUGUAUGAUGAGAGCAAGACAGAGCUGACCUGUAUCGCCUUUGAUUUCAGCAUCGGGUUCGCUUCAUCUGUAGCCGAUAGCUAAAAAGCUCUGGAAAGUGGUUAAUGUCUCCUCAUGAGUGUUACCAUAAUAGUGUACAAAAGAGAGUUUCGUUAAGAAUCUGUUCUUCCGAACCCAUUUCUGUGUUGAAUACUUCGACGUGCGUCUUGUAACUCUGUUAUGUUCCAGAGAUUCUCGAAUUAUCACUUUGGCUUGUCGCGCAUGUAUGAUGACGUUGCCUCCGUUAAAAUUC